AUGGCUACAGUAAAAGAAUUAAAAUCGUUAUUAUUAUUAAAAAGUAUUAAACAAAUCAAAGAAGGUAUUAAUGAUUUAAUAGAAUUAAAUGAAGAUGAACUAUCAGAAAAUAUUGAAACAGAAACUGAAGAAGAAUCUUACGAUGAUUCAGAUUCUGAAGAAUCAGAAGAAUUAGUUAAAAAAGAAAUUGAAGCAGCAUGUAAGAAAUAUAAGAAAAAAAUUCAAACUUUGUUGAAUAAUAAUAGUUUUGAAUGUAGAAGUUAUGAAAAUGAAGAAGAGAUAUUUUAUUCUGAUCGUGACAAAUAUCUUGUUGCUGAUUUUGAAGAUUUUAAAAUUUUUAUUUGUUGCAAAUUUAGAGAUUAUAAUAAUAUAGGUUUUAAUGAUGUUGAAAGAAUAAGUGGGUUUAUGAAAAGUUAUCACAAAGAAGAUACUGGUGUUAUAGUAACAAACCAAAAUUAUUCAGAAAAUGCGUAUGAUCAAGCAUAUAAAAUGAAAAUUUUAGUAUGUCAAACACAAAAUUUACUAGAAAAAAUUAAAAAAGAAAUAGAACGUAAAAAACAAAAAUUAUCAGAAGGUCAAAAAGAACCAAAAGAAAUAAUCGUAGAAUUAAUUGAAGAAAUCAUUGAUAAUAAUAUAGAUAAAGAAUAG